ACACACUUAAUAAAAAGUGAAAGUGCAAAAUCUCAGCAACCAAAAUUCACCACUCACUUUAAGCCUUUUAAACAUUAUAAUAUAAUAAUGUCUUCAUAUCCACCUUCAUUAUAAAUAUUUCUACAACCCCUUCAUUUUCAUUUCAAGCACAGACCAAAAAUCUGAGCAGAAAAAAAAAAUACAGUAAAGGCCAUGGAUUGGUUUUCUUGGUUGUCCAAAACAGAGCUAGAGCCUUCUCUUGUGUAUGAAUAUGGCCUAGCUUUAGCUCAUAACGAGCUCGAAUACGACGACGUCGUUUACUUCAACCACGAAUUUCUCCAAAGCAUAGGCAUUUCGAUUGGCAAACACAGAUUAGAAAUUCUCAAACUUGCUAAGAAAGAAAAAGGAGCGAUCCCAAAUUCCAUGUCGAGAUUUCUCCAAGUAAUUAAACGCACAAAGAGGCGUUUGUCAAAGUAUAUAAGGAAUUGGGGUCAUAACGAGGAAUUAGCACUUGCUUUAGUCCCAAAAAAGAUUAGCAGUUCCAGAUGGAAAAAUUCUAUGCUGAAGAGGAGGAGGAGCAGCACAAGGGUUGCUGCAGCUAAGCAGAAUACUCUGUUAAUCACAAAUGGGAGUCCCAAUUUCAUUUCAGAUUCAAGAAUGAACAGUUUCUCUAGUCCGACGGUUAAUGAUGAAAAAAUGGGAGAUGAUUAUUGGGCGUCGUGUGGAGUUGAAGCAAUCAGGUGGGAUACAAUGUUUCAAAAUCUAAAACCAACUUAAUUUCUCUUUGCUCGAUAGAUGUCGUCUCAACUUUAACUUUCUGAUUUGAGUUCUAGAUAUGAAAAAAAUUCUAGUAAUGGGCCUUACAUACAUGAUGCGAAUUCGAAAUAUUGAAGGAACUCCGGGUGGAAAAACAAAUAAAAUGGUGAGAGAUUUGGAAUUUCUGUUUGCUCAUCAGUGGUGGACCCAAGGAGAAAGUCACCCAUGAAUGUAUAGUGUGUGUUAUUCAUGGGAUUAUUAUUUCAAUGAUUUUACAUGUUUCUUAAGUACUUCCUUUAUUUAUUUAAUUCAGAGAUCCGAAUAUAGUGAUGUAUUUGAGUUUAAUGAUUUAAUGAAAUUCAUAGAAGUUAUAAUCGUCA